AUGGGGUGCGCUGCUUCCACCAUGGAACUGGAAGAGGAUUUCAAUCCUUUACUUCAAGACAAAAAGAUGAAUGAUCUUAUUGAACAACAAAUACAACUUCGUAGACAAAAUGAAAAACAAUUAUUUAAAUUGUUGUUACUUGGAGCUGGAGAAAGUGGGAAAUCAACUGUUUUGAAACAAUUGCGACUUUUACAUCAGGGGGGCUUUUCGCAGCCAGAACGAGUUCAAUACGCACAAGUGAUAUGGGUAGACCUUAUUCAAUCAAUGAAGAUUCUUAUUAUACAGGCGCGGAAGUUUGGAGUUCCACUUGAUUGUGAUAAGGCAAAUAAUCCUCUAACCCCUUAUAAGCAAUUGGUUUUACGUAUUGAUCCACUUCAACAAAUUGAAACAGAUUCUGCUGGUGGAUCCAAUUUCUUGAGUGAAUUUGUUAUCAAGUACAGUGAAGGGUAUAAGCAAAAAAGGAAGGUCAAUACAGGGUCAGCAUCAACAGCCCAGGGGUGGGAUAUGAAUUUGGCUGAUGAUGAUAGUAAUAAACUUACCAUUGAAGGAAUUGCCACGGAAUUGCAAGAGGUGCUGAAGUUUCAAAAUGGAGGCAUUCAAGAUCGAUUCAAAGUGGCAGAAGCAAUUAAAAAACUUUGGGAAGAAGAUUCAGGGAUUCGUAGAACAUUUGCUAGAGCAAAUGAAUUUCAAAUGGAAACAAAUGUUAAAUAUUAUUUUGAAAAUGUGAAUAAUUUUGCUGAUCCAAAUUACAUAUGUACUGAUACAGAUAUCCUCAAGGGUAGAAUUAAAACCACUGGGAUUACCGAAUCCAACUUUGAUAUAAAUUCAUUUAAAUUUCGAGUUUUGGAUGCUGGGGGGCAAAGAUCAGAGAGGAAAAAAUGGAUCCAUUGCUUUGAAGGAAUCAAUGCCAUAUUGUUUGUGGUUGCCCUUUCUGAGUACGAUCAAACAUUAUUUGAAGAUGAACGGGUCAAUCGAAUGCAUGAAUCAAUCAUAUUGUUUGAUUCAUUGUGCAAUUCUAAAUGGUUUGCCAACACUCCAUUUAUACUAUUUUUAAACAAGAUUGACUUAUUUCAAGAAAAAUUACCCAAAUCUCCACUUCGAAGGUACUUCCCAGAUUAUCAAGGAUCUCCAAACAAUGUAGAAGAGGCAGUUCAAUUUUUUACAAAUAUAUUUCUAAGGUCGAAUCGUACAAACAAGCCGAUUUACGUUCAUACUACAUGUGCAACUGAUACAAAGUCCAUGAAGUUUGUAUUAGCUGCGGUAACCGAUGUGAUUGUUCAAAAGAGUUUACAAAAGAGUGGGCUUAUAUAA